AUGAUGAACAGAUUGGUGUUGGUUUUGAUUAAUUUGUUGAUUAUUGUUUAUCAAUUUAGAUUUUCAUUUGCGAUUUUGGAUCCUGUUGAUUUUUUGGCUUUACAAUCGAUUAGAAAAUCAAUGGACGAUAUGCCUGGUUCUACCUACUUUUCGUCUUGGGAUUUCACCUCCGAUCCCUGCAACUUCGCCGGCGUUUUCUGCGACGGCGAUAGAGUUGUUACUUUAAACCUUGGAGAUCCACGCGCCGGUGCUUCUGGUCUCUCCGGCCGGAUUCAUCCUGAUAUCGGGAAAUUAACUAAUCUCGUCGAAUUCACCAUUGUUCCCGGUCGUAUUAUCGGUACACUUCCGGCGACUUUAUCGCAGUUGAAAAAUCUCCGUUUUUUAGGAAUAAGUCGGAACUUUAUCUCCGGCGAAAUUCCGGCGACUUUGGGAGAGCUUCAGCGGCUACGAACACUUGAUCUCAGUUACAAUCAGCUCACCGGGAAUUUGCCUUGGUCCGUCGGAAGUUUAACGGCGUUAACUAACGUCGUUCUCUGUCACAACCGUUUAUCCGGUUCAAUACCUUCAUUCUCUUCCCAAGCCCUAACCCGGCUAGACCUCAAACACAACAACUUUUCCGGUUCUAUUCCACCUGGUUCGCUUCCUUCUUCUUUACAAUACCUUUCUCUCUCAUGGAACCGGUUCACCGGUCCUGUCGAUCAGCUUUUACCUCAACUCAACAACUUGAACUACCUAGAUUUGAGCUUGAACCGGUUCACCGGUCCAAUCCCCGGCUGUGUAUUCACCUUCCCAAUCACCAACCUCCAACUCGAGCGAAAUCUAUUUUCCGGUCCGGUUCAGCCGUUCAAUGAAGUUUCAAUCCAAACCGUUGAUCUUAGCCACAACAUGCUGUACGGACAAGUGUCUCCAUUGUUCUCAACCGUACAGAAUCUUUAUCUUAAUAACAACCGGUUCACCGGUUCUGUUCCCACGACGUUGAUGGACCGGUUGAUGGCCGGAAAUGUACAGCUGUUAUACCUGCAGCAUAACUUUUUGACGGCGGUUCCGAUCAAUCCAACGGCAGAGAUUCCACUGAGCAGUUCGUUGUGUUUACAGUAUAAUUGCAUGAUCCCACCGGUUCAGACGCCCUGCCCGAUUGAAGCGGGUACACAGAAGACCCGACCCACAUCACAGUGCAUGGAAUGGAAAGGGUAA